CGACCAGGCGAGACCCUGAGACGGGAGGAGACCGGUGGAGGACCCUCGAUGUGUGGAGACCAGUGGAGACGGGUGACCGUUCACGGGUGAGUCAGACCGUGUCCACGAGGGAUCAGAAUCGUCCUCAAGCGUUCGCACCCAGUGGAUCCCAGUUUGGCUGGUUCCCAGCCGCGACCGCGACUGGGACUGCCAGUGGGACUGCUGAGAAAAGGCAAGGGGUGGUGCCAGGGGGGUCAAUUGAUCGGCAUAUAUGCCAUUCUCAUCCAUUCUCAUGGAGUGUUUGGGGUUUGGUUUACAUGUUUCAGCCGACUCAAAAAGGGUACUGGUUGCCAGUGCUGGUGGUGGCAAGGCCUGGAUCCACUUAGGCCAAGUAUCACCCAGCUGGAUUCACCUGGACCGCGUUUGGACCUAGGCUUGUCUGAACUAGAGAGGCGCAGUGUGUUUUUUCACCUGUCCUUGGCCCCGAACACCGAUGACCAUGUGAAGGACGCAUCGAUCUGGGUAUGCCGGGUCAGCACGCAGGGGUGCGUGUGCAUCCAUCGAGCGAGCUGAGAGACCGGCGGAAACCACGGGAGUAGGGAGAUGUUCCAUGGGCAGGACCAGGGCCGUCUAUAGAAAGACUGAAAGACCAUCUUCGACUCGAUGUCCUGAGGACACGGACGAUGGUCGGAUGGUUCAGGUGUUUUUCCGACCCCAACUCCGUGGUGACAGAAGAGGAUUCCACAUUUCUCUUCUCCACGGUGAAGCCAUGCGAAACCAAUGGUUUGGGUGUGAGACCAGCCGACUGGAGGGCAACCUUUCCCGAGGACGUCGUGUAUUGGGACAUGGUUUGGGUGCUUUGUUUGGGUGUUCGUUUCAUCCUUCCGCCGCCGCUACGGUCUACGGAUCAUCCGCGGGGUCGUUGGUGCGGCAUGCAUGUAGCCUUCAAGGGAGGCUUCUUUGGCCUCAAGAGGCUGAAGCCGAGGCAUUGAGAAGCCGUGCAGCCGUGGCAUUGCUCUCAUGGAGUCUUCGGACACAUAUUCCGCCUCUUCGUAUUCCCCUUCAACAAGAACCUGGGAUCGGCUUCCAAGGUGUUUCCGGUGCAACGAAGCAGCCCAGUGCAAGUUGCGCUGCACCGAGCACGGAGGGUUUUGGAUGUGUCAUUCGUGUGCUCACCGUGCCCUUUGUCCUCUAUGCCAACAGCAGGGAGAACUCCAAAGCCUGAAUGGCAGCCGCACUCCUUCCAUUUCCAGCGGAGCCAUCUCAGCUAACGUUGGCCAGUCAGUGCAUUUCAGGAGCAUUCCUUCUUCCAUGUCCAGUGGCUCCUCAGCUCACGAAGGUUUGUCAAUGUUUGCGCUCCGCAGUGAUUUCCACUCCUCCCUGGAGGCUCAUGCGCCGGACAGAUAUGCAGCCUUGCAGGCUUGCACAUCAAUGGCUCAUGCUGUGAUGCAACGUCAUGCGCCGGAGUCAUAUGCGGCGCUGAGGGCACUGGCAUCGUCGAACCAAUCCUGGGAUGCAGCAAGCCUUGCCGUGGUCAAUGCACAUGUGCCCGAGUGUUUGGCAGCACUCGGGCAACAUUCUCCUGAGACUUAUGAGCUUUUGCAAGCGCAUUUGCCGGCCUUGGUGACUACAUUGCAGCAACAUGCUCCCACUUGCCAUGCUGCGAUGCAUGAUGUGCAGCCAAGGUCUGGCACCCUUUAGGAUGCUGGCAUGGUCAGUAUUUUAAAAAUAGGGCCACCAGUAUUCGUUCAUCAUUUUGUUCGUUGCCCUCGUCAAAAAGUCUGUUGGGACCUCGCUUCCACUCAGGAAACCUGAGAGGAGACAUGGGCAGAGAUUCAAGAUGAGGUUCUUUGAGCCAAACCGCGGAGAGUCAAACAGAGUUCGGCGGAUCCAUCGCCAGGUGGG